CGGACGCGUAACCGACUGCGCCACCCAGGCGCCCCAAGAUUUUUUUUUUUUUUAAAAGGUGCACCCGUGUCUUUGGCGGAAGCUGCACUGAUCCCUGCCAUCUUCCUGCAGGGCAUCUCCACCACUCUCAGCUUCACACAGGCUCUCCUGUGGAAGCUGCCAUUCCUUCCCACCCUCAGUGCCACUCCCACAGGCUGGGCUGCCAAUCCCUUCUUCAUAUUCUCAUGACGCCCUGCUCCUCCUUUAUUGGGCUAGUCAUUUCCCUGCGAAUUUCUCAGGGAAAUUGUAGAAGAUACAUAGGAUUAUGUCAAGGCAGGGGCUGAGACAUUUCCUCUGGAAGGAACCUGGCUUGUACUUUCUUCUCCAAUAAUGAUAAUGCUGUGCACUAUAUGCCCACAGAUCCUUCAAUUCAAUAACACUGAAUCUUUAUCAUGUUCUGUGUUACACACACAACGCCCACCUUACUGUAGACUCUUGAACCUCACCUGCACGCAUACAAAAUCUCACCGUUACAAAACUUCCCCGCUGGCUUCUACGCAUCCCGAGAGAUCCUCUUAUGUGCAAUGGGGACCAUCUGGAUUUAUAUUUUGUUUGUUGUUCCUACAGUCUCCUCCUCAAGAAGCCUGGCAGCCGUCCUGCUACAGGUUCUUUUCCUACAAGUGCUCAUUCACUCCUGGGCAUAUGGCAUUUUCACAGGACAUGGUCUCGGCCAAAAUGAGCGAAACUUCUUCCACUAGUUUUUCCGUGAUUCAUCCAACCUCUUCUGAAGGUCAAGGUCCUUCUCCUCGCCAUUUGAGCGUCAUGCAUCCUGUUGUGGCCAAAAAGAUCAGCUUCUACAAGAGCGGAGACCCGCAAUUCGGUGGGGUCAGGGUGGUGGUCAACCCUCGUUCCUUUAAGACAUUUGAUGCUUUGCUGGAUAACCUGUCAAGGAAGGUGCCCUUACCUUUCGGGGUGAGGAACAUCAGCACCCCUCGGGGAAGGCACAGCAUCACACGCCUGGAGGAGCUGGAGGACGGCGAAUCGUACCUGUGCUCCCACCGGAGGAAGGUGCAGCCGGUGGACCUCGACAAGGCCCGCCGGCGCCCGCGACCCUGGUACAGCAGCCGGGCCAUCAGCACGCACGCGCACAGCUCCCCACCCACGGCGCCCGCCGCCGCCGCUCCCGGCAUGCUACGCGCGCCGCGGAGGCUUGUGGUCUUUAAAAAUGGCGACCCGAAGACGAGGCGCACGGUCGUUCUGAACCGAAGGGUUACCCAGAGCUUCCAGGCCUUCCUGCAGCACUUGAUGGAGGUCAUGCGGUUCCCGGUGACCAAGCUGUACGCCACGGACGGAAGGAGGGUUCCCAGUCUCCAGGCUGUGAUCCUGAGCUCUGGAGCUGUGGUGGCAGCAGGAAGGGAGCCGUUUAAACCUGGAAAUUAUGACAUCCAGAAGUAUUUGCUUUCUUCAAGAUUACCAGGGGCCUCUCAUCAUGUGUAUACCAAGGGAACUGCUAGGUCAGAAAGAAGAAAGAGUAGUAACUGGAAAGUUUCCAUAGCCACCAGUGACUUGCCAAAUUCAGGGACCAGCUCACAGGUUUAUAUUAUACUGUAUGGACAACAUAGAAGUUCAGCGCCUAUAUAUCUUUGUGGAACAGAUGGAGCUCAAUUUCAGGAUGGCCGUGAAGACAUAUUUACUAUCAUGGUUGGAGAUAUUGGAACACUCUUUAAGAUUCGUAUUGGUCAUACUAACUCUGGACUGUCCCCUUCCUGGCACUGUAAAGAGAUACAAUUGUGGAACAUGAAUUCUGGAAAAAAGUUUUAUAUACCUGUUCAGCGAUGGUUAGCACGAGAUCAAGAGGAUGGGGAAAUCUGUCGAGAAUUUCCUGUUUUAAACAAAGGACGACCCAUGCUUCCAGUGACAGUAUACGAAGUACACGUGGCAACAGGUGAGCUUUGGAACGCUGGAACGGUAGCAAAUGUCUACAUUUCUGUCUAUGGGGAAAAGGGAGAUUCAGGAUCCAGACAACUGUUUCGAUCAAAGAGCUCCUUCAGUUUUUUAAGAGGACAAACUGACACCUUCUCCCUAGAAGCUGUGCACCUUGGGGAUCUAUAUAAGAUUGUCAUAGGCCAUGAUGGACUUGGCCCGGGAAAUGGCUGGUUUCUUGAUGAUGUUGUAAUCAAGGAUCCCACAACAGACCGCGAAUAUGCCUUCUUCUGUCACAGAUGGCUGGAUCAAGGGGAAGAUGAUGGUAAAAUUGCCAGAGAACUGUAUGCCAGGGAUAACAGUAUCAUUUUUGGGCGGCAGAAGCUAGAACUUAGUAGAAAAGAAACAUGGGCUGCAGAAAGAUGGAAGUUUAUGAAAGGAAAUACUCUUCAAUUCUACAACAAGCUCACUGGAGGGUUUGUCCGUCUGCAUCCAGAUGGCACAGUUGAUGCACUUGGAGAGAAGACAGACAAAUACGGUCUCUUUGAUGUUAUUUUCAACAAAGGAAAUAUGUGCAUUUUCCAGAGUCAUGUAAUCAGGCAUCUUUCUCUUGCUGUUGACAACAGCACUGUCACCGGAAUGGCUAGUGGUGGAGCCUGCACUGAGCUGCGAGUGCUUUAUCAGCCCAACCGUUGUGCACUUCUUGAGUCAGCAUUGGUUCCUGGUCAAACGGUUAUUUUUGAUCGUCGUGGCAAAAUAGCUGCUGAAUCAUCAGCAGGCUACGCAGACCUUUCAAAAGAAUUUGUGGUUUUUGUCAAGGGCGUGUUCCUGAACAGUGCUGUGGUCCUACUUGCUACGAGUCUGUGCCAAGCCCUGUGUCUCCAGCCUGAUGGGAGCUGCACUGGAGUGGGAAGCCAGUCUGAGAAAUCCUACUGGAAAGUGCAUAAAAUCAGCUCUGGUAUUUGCAUGUUUGAAAGUGUGAAAAAUGCAGGGAUGUAUCUGAGGAUUAAGGAUGGCCAGUGUGAUGGAACAGGUACAGGAGAUACUGACUGUCAUUUUAAAAUUAAGAAGAACUUGGAAAAUGCAUCUGUAAGCCUGGAAUCUACGAAAAGCCCGGGGUUAUUUGUUGGACUUGAGUCAGACGGACAGGCAAAACCAGCUAUUUAUACCAAGAAUGGGAAUGUUUUCUUCUAUCCACAAGUCGUCAAAUUUGGCAGAGAAAACCCAAUGGGUAUGUCAGCAACACCCAGCCAAGAGGAGGAAAAGAUCCAUGAGACAAAAAAUCGGCAAGAAACACCAGCAGCAUUUGAGGCCAAGUGUUCCUUACUUUCUUCAACUGCAAAAGAAAUCAGACCUUCCCAAAGCAGUAAGUCUCUUCUCUCAGAAGAUGAAUGGAAGGUGUUAGUGCUGACGGGAAAUAGAAGGACUCAAGCCAAUGUCACACUCUGGGUGUAUGGAGAUGAAGGAGUCACUGGACCAAUAAGUCUUCGCAAGGACAGCCCAGAGGAGCUUUUCCUUCCAAGACGGGAGGAUGAGUUUCAGGUUGAAAUAAGAAGCGUUGGAAAGAUCUAUAAGAUCAGGCUAGGACAUGAUGGGACUAGCGAGCAGCCCGAGUGGAGCUUACAGAGGGUGACCAUGCAACACGUGAAGAGCAAGGAGACUCUCGAUUUUGCAGCAAAUGCGUGGUUGUCUCGAAUGCAAGCCGAUGGGAUUGUCUGUGAGCUUCCUGUAGUGAGAGAAGGACAAGCUAUUUUUCCAUUAGUGAGAUACCACGAUGAUGUCCAUACUGGGCAAUUGAAGCAAGCAGAAACACAGUCUGAAGUUUUCCUGUGCUUUGAGGAGAGGGGAGACUCUGGGCUUAGACUUCUGGACAAAUCUAACAUGCCAGUAAAAUUUCAAAGAGAACAGGUGAGUCCACACAAUGUGGCAGCUGUGUCUCUGGGCAAACUUCAGAAGGUGCUGCUGCGCUGUGAGGCCAGUGACAAAUCCCAGUACUGGUGUUGUGACAAGGUCAUGGCCAGAGAGCCUGGUGCCGCACCCGAGCCCGUCUUCACCUGUGAAAGAUGGCUUCCCUUUAUGUCUCAGGGCGUAAUUCAUUCAGAAAUUGAACUCUGUCUUCAAGAAAUGCAAAUAAAUCAUCAACCUAAAAUACAAGAGGAAGCAAAUGAAGGAGAUUGGAAGGUGACUGUUGUCACUGGGGAUCUUGAAAAUGCUGGUACCACAGCAACAGUAUCCCUUUAUGUCCACGAGGAGGCGACAUGUUCAGGUCCUAUUAUUUUGGGAUCUGGGAAAUACCAGCUAUUCAACUCUAACAGUGCAGAUAUAUUCAAGAUUGAUCUUAAAGAUAUUGGUGAAAUCUAUAAAAUACGCAUUGGACAUGACAACAGUGGACAGGAUCCCGGGUGGUGUCUGGAAGAAAUUAGCCUUGAAAAUAUAGACACGUGUGAGGUGUUUUGUCUCACUGUUGACUCCUGGAUUGCCGAGAAUGAAAAUAAUGGAGGUCCGUGGAAAGAGAUACCCACUGUAAGAACCAAUAAGGCACCUUUGCCAGGUAUAUAAUUUCCUUUCCUUCGCGAUACAUAUUAAAAAUUAAAACUGUUGAGAUGAUUUAGAACAGAGAUGGGCAACCUUUAUCUGGAAAGGGCCAGACACUAAAUAUAUUAUGCUGCCUGGGCCAUAAAGUCUCUCCAAACUGCCCAGCCUUGCCAGGGU